CUCGUGUAUUUCAAGUUCGUUCCGCGGAUAGUAAACACGUGCGCGCGCGAUUCCAAGAGUUUAAUCGCCCAAAAAGUCCACAUUUCCUGCAGCAAUGAAGAUCAAAGCUGCCAAAAAGACCGCGCCCAAGGCCACCGACGCCAAGCUGCACCAGAAAGUGGCCACCGGAACGGCCAUCGCCAAGCCGGGCAAGCAGAAGAAAAACGCACUGCCUGCUGCGACGAUUCGGACCACGCUUGGUGCCUCUGCCGCUGACGGAAAGGCCAAGAAGAAAAACAAACAGGAAAAGCUGAAGCAGUUGGCCGAGACGGUCGAAAAUGUGGCCCCGAAAGUGUUGGCCGCCAAGAAGCAGAAAGCUGGGGGGAAACUGAAGAAGCAAGUGCUGAAGCCGGCGGUGGCGGAGCAGAAGGCGGUUAAGAAGGAAGAGAAGGGCAAAAAUCAGUCGGAAUCGCUGCCUGAAGGAGUGGAACUGCCGGAGAUUUUGGUCAAGAAGAAGACGAUCAAAACGGCGCUGCAGGCCUGCAAGAAAGCACUGGACGAUGGUUUCGAGAAGAAAAAGAAUCUUUUCGGGGAGGAAAUGAAGUACGGGUUGCAGAUUUCGGCCGUUAAGAUCCCACAAGUUCCGAAGAGGAAUUGUAGAAUGCAACUUCCGCAUCCGAUUUACCACAAAGGCGACGACAUUUGCCUCAUCGUGAAGGAUUUGGCUCGUGGAAGCAAGUUUGAUCACGAGGAAACCUUGCGCUUCUGGGAGGACAAACUGCGCGAUCUCGGCGUUAACUUCAUCACGCAGAUCAUUCCGUUCCAGCAGCUGAAGCAAGACUACCGUCAGUACGAGAUGAAGACGAAGCUGGUUCAUCGGUUCGAUCGGUUCUUGGUUGACUCGCGGAUGUGUAACCACGCCUUUGCCUUCCUCGGCAAUGCCUUUAUCAAGCGGUGCAAGAAUCCGACACCCGUCGUGCUGGAAAAGGACGAACAGAUUGUGGAGAAUUUGGAAAAGGCGUUGCGUCGAAUCACGUACAGACAAACCAACACCGGUGCCAUCUCGGAGAUUCAGUUUGCCACGCACAAAAUGCCGCUGGAAAAGGCGGUCGAAAAUGCUGCCGCCAUGAUCGAAGGCCUCAAGAGUCAGUACCCAGGCGGAUGGCUCAACAUUCGCACGAUCCACUUGAAGCCAAUGACCGACAUCAACCUUACCUUCCCGCUGUACGUGAGCUCAACCGAUCCGAAUCUGGUUCCCGUGCCAACCGCGGUCGGCCCUCGGGAAAGCUUCGAAAAGGCCCGCAGCCAGAAACUGCUGGACAUUACCAAGAACAAGUACAAAUUCCAGGCGGGUAGUUUGGUGCGAGUGCCGUUCGAAAAGCGACGAAAACAGCCGGCAAAGAAGGGCAAAAAGGCGGUGAAGGGCGCUAAAGUAGCGGCCGAGGUGCAGGUCGAAGAUGAGCUGGAAAGCGACGAGGAGGCGUUCAAGAACAGAGAACGGGCGAGCGACACGGAGAACAGUGACAUGGGAAGCGACGACGAAUGAGCGGGAGGUUUAGUUUGGUUAAGAUUAUAUUGCUAAGAUAUAUUGAUUUCUUGUAUCUUUGGCGUUACUUUAUAAUACAAAUAAUUAUAAUAAAAAACUG